AUCGAACUUCGCGCCCUCGACUUAUAAGUGCUGCUUCAUUCGACCUGCCCCUAGACUGUAUACGAUGGUUUCCGACAAGGUCGAAAAAAAGCGCAAGCGCGCCUCUGAUCGCCACGAGCGGCCCAGCAAGAAGCCCGCGCUGGAGCUGCAAGAUCUGCCACCUCUGGCCUCGAGCGUGGUCGAGGAUGACAGCGAACUCGCCCCGGUCAUUGUGACCACCCCCGGCCUCCACGCAUCCCGCAACCUCCGGCUCAAGCCCUACCUCAAAACCCGCAGCAAGACUUCCUCCGCCUCGACGCGCAACAAGGGCAUCGUCUCGUCCGAACUGCUGCUCCAGUCGUCCGAGCACCCCAAGCUGGACUUUGUGGGUCGCGAGGCCGAGGAGGAUGCCGAUUCGCAGCUGAAGCAUUACGUCGCGGUGGUCGACCCGGAGAACAAGACAUGGCAGUUUGUCGAGGUGCGGAAGAUGACGCUGCGCGGUGCGGUGCGCAAGCUGCGCUCGAUUGACGAGGAGGAAGAGGAGGAGAGCGAGGAGGAAGAAUUGCAAACCCUCCGCGCCCAACGCACCGAGCUGACCAACACCUUCGGCACCAAACAAUCCCGCAAGGCGGCGCAAUCCCUGGCCGAAAACGCACAACUGUCCAACCUACCGUCGGGGGCGGCCUCGGCGGCGGAAUCCGCCAUCCUGUCCUCGAUGCCGACGGAAGGCAUCAGCGACAUCGCCGCCAAGGCGGCCUCGGUGCAAGCGCAAGUGCAAGCCAACAAGCCGAUCCCGAUGCCGCACCUGGACGCGGCGCACCCGGCGGAGGUGUACCCGCUCUCGGAGCUGGUGCCGAACGGCGAGUCGACGCUGCGCCAGCUGCCGGGUCUGCCGGAAUGGAUCGAGACGGCCAACGCGGGGGCGGCGGUGGUCACCACCUCGCGGUACGUGUCUCGCCGGGUCGAGGCCGUCAUCCAGUCAGGCAACACCACGCACCUCCAGAUCCUCCGCUUCAUCCUCCUGCUGCUCGAACUCAACCGCAACCUCAAACGCGACCCCAAGGGCGCCGGCCCCGGUAGCAAACGCCUCCCACCCCGCGACGAACUCCGCACCGUCCUCUCUGGCGGCACCUCCCCGACAGCCGCCUCGUCCUCAUCCUCCUCGUCCGAAACCAUCCCUGACCCCAUCAUCGACGCCAUCCGCCGCAAGUUCGCCCCGGGCACCGGUGGCUCCCUCUCCCGCAACGACAUCACCUUCCUCCACACCACCAUCUGCGCUCUCUCGCUGCACAUCCCGCCCCAACCCGCCAAGGACGGCGGAAACAGCACCCUCGGCGGCAACGCCCCCAACGAGCUGGCCACCGACCCCUCCGAUCUGCGUGACGACCUCCACCUCGAGAGCCCCGUCAUCCUGCAGUACUUCCGCGAGCUGGGCUGUCGCGUCGACAAGCCACGGGAGUCCGAGUUCGCCAAGUGGGGCAUCAAGGGCGGCAAGGCGGAGGCAGCUGCUCGCAGGGUGGCGCGGUUGCGUAUUCCCGUGGAGUUUCCCAAGGUGAGUCGGGGCGGCGGCAAGAAGCGGUAAAUAAAAGACUUUUGAAUAUCUGGGCCUGUGACGAGAUAGACGAGGGACGGCUUAUUCCAGUAUGUGUGGUUCAUGUUGCCUUCUGAAACUAAAUGCGAUGAGAUUCCUUCCUUGUCCAGGGAGAGAGAGAGAGAGAGAGAGAGAGAGAGAGCAUUGCUGCUUGAUUCUAUCCCAACCAGCUACAAUAGCUCGCCAUAAAUGCUAUUAUUCCAUCUUUGUUUGCAAUCCGAACAAAAAAGCAU